AUGCAACCUCCUCCAGCAACCAAUGGCCCCGUCAUUGCAGGCUAUUUUGUCAACUGGGGAAUUUAUGCGCGCAAUCACAAUGUCUGUGAUCUCGCUGCCGAUGCUCAUAAACUUACCCAUUUGCUCUAUGCUUUUGCAAAUUUAGAGCCUUCGGGCGAAAUUGUGCUCGGUGAUGUAUGGGCAGACAAGGACAAGCACUUUCCUCCAGAACAAACGAUUGACCACCAAGCUGAUAGUUGGAAUGACCAAGGCAACAAUCUAAAUGGCAACUUUAAGCAACUGUAUCUCUUGAAACAGAAGAACCGGCAUUUGAAAGUUACACUGAGUGUGGGUGGAUGGACAUGGUCGACAAACUUUGGUGCUGUUGCUGCUGAUCCACAGAAGCGACAACGGUUUGUUCAAUCAGCUAUUAAGCACGUAGGUGAUCUUGGACUUGAUGGAAUUGACAUUGAUUGGGAGUAUCCAAAGACACCUGAAGAAGCCUUUAAUUUCAUCCAUUUAUUAUACGAGAUCCGUAUUGCACUAGACAUGUAUCAACAAAGCAUUGGCCAAACCAACGAGCCGCGACUGUUACUGACACUUGCCGUCGCAUGUGGACCAUCCAACUAUCGACUGUUACGCUUACGCGAAAUGGAACCCUAUGUCGACUUGUUUUAUCUGAUGGCAUACGAUUUUGCCGGCUCUUGGGACAGCACAAGUGGCCACCAAUCAGCCAUGUACGGCGGCAAAUUAAAUGGCCAUCAAGCCGUGAGCGAUUAUAUGCGCAAUGGCGUACCGCCUCACAAAUUGGUGCUCGGCUUACCCGUAUACGGUCGUGGAUUUUGCAAUACUUCACAAACCCCCGGUAGCUCAUUCAACGACAUCCCCGAAGGAACUUGGGAAAAGGGCAUGCUUGAUUACAAACACUUGCCGCCACCGGGUGCGACCGAAUAUGUCGAUGAGCAGCGGAUGGCUUCUUGGUCCUAUGAUCCGGCUAAACGAGAGUUGAUCAGUUAUGAUACACCCGCAGUGAUAGAAGCAAAAUGUGAAUAUAUCAAACAGCAAGGAUUGGGCGGUGCCAUGUUUUGGGAAUUGAGCGCGGACCACAAGGGUGAGCAUCCGCGAAGCCUGUUGAACACUGUUUAUCGGUCGUUGGGUGGUCAGUUGGAUUCAAUGCCCAAUCAUUUACGAUUUCCAAAGAGCCAGUACGAGAACAUUAGAGCAAUGAGUCAAUAA